AUGCCAUCCUUCUACGCUCCAGGCCACGGCCUCCCCCCCACGCCUCCUCAUAUCAACAGCGGUGGUCGUCUGGAUGAACCCUCGUUCUAUCCGGUUGGUCACACCGCGUUCCCCCCUCGCUACCACCAGAGCGGCUCUGAGUUCAUUGAACAGUACUCGCAGUCCCUGGUUUACGCUAAGCCGAACGCGAUGGCUAUGCACCCAGCGCAUCCGAUGCAUGGUACACGCGAUAUGCACUCCAUGGGCCACCAGCAGUCGAUGUAUGGCCCAAUGGCAACCGCGUUGCCCCCGAUUCGGGCCAACGUCCAGCUGCCGCCCAUGGACAGUGCCAUCCCCCCGCAGUACCGUCGCCAGGAGCAUACCCAGCACCAGCACCAGCAGCACCACCAGCAGGAACAGCAGCACCAAUCCCGCAAGGAGGAAAAAGCUACCGGAGGUGUCGCCGCCCACCUGGAUUACGAGAUGGAUCGCAUGUCCGACUUCGUGGCGGAAAUGACCCAGGGAAUCAUCUCCCCAGGAACUUCCGUGCCCCCUCAGUUCCGGAAAUACGUCUACCAGAUCUUGUCCUCCACUCGCCUACCCAGCUCGACUAUUCUGCUGGGCCUGUUCUACAUGUCCAGCCGCAUGCGCAUCUUGUCCGCUCAGCGGGUCUUCCAGUCUGGCAGUGGCCAGAUUUACCGUAUGUUGACGGUGGGUCUGCUGCUGGGCAGCAAGUUCUUGGAUGAUAACACCUUCCAGAACAAAUCGUGGGCUGAAGUGAGCAACAUCCCCGUGGCUGAACUGAACAAGAUGGAGCUGGAGUGGCUCUUUGCCUUUGACUGGAAGAUCCACGACCGCAUCUACGAUCAGCAAGACGGGUUCGCCUCGUGGCGCCGACACUGGGACAGCUGGAGUGCAAAGGCCAACGCUCGGGCUCAGGAGUCUUCUCGUCAGACCCUGUCACCCCUCGACACUAACGUUGUCCGACACCACCAGUCCGUUGCCAAGCCAGUCAUGUCCCCCGAGGGACCUAUCCCGCCGCAGUACCAGCGUAGCUCGCACAUUGAGAACUCCUGGCUCAACCCUGCAGCCUCCGAGUACUCGCCGCCGUCGGCUCCUCACAGCGGCCCCAACACCCCCGACUACUACUCUGUCGGACCCUGGGGCUUCUCGAACCCCCCCGCCGCCUUACUCACAAGGGGCCUGGAUCGCUCCACCCCCGCGGUAUAUUGCUCAGUCCGCACCUCGCUCGCAACCCCCGUCCUACCACCACACCCCGGCGUACGGCCUGCCGUUCGCUCAGAGUGUCUGGACUGGCCACGGCUCUUCCUGUGGCUGCAUGUACUGUGCCAAGCAUAUGGAACACUACAUGUGCAACAACGCCUUCCCCGCGCUGCAGCCCAUUCUUGCAGGCUGAGCAAUCAAAGCUUGUCUCUGUGUGUUCUAUUCAUUGUUGCAUACUUGCUGAUUAUAUCUCAUGACUUUGGACGAAAUCCGAGACGAACAGCGUCCGUCUUUUGA